CCUUUCUAGGUUUCCAUUGAUCCCCAGAAAUAAACAUGUCCCUCUCCAUCUUCCUCCUAUGGCUUGUCAACGUCCCUCUCCUCGCCCAGUCCCUCCCAGUUCCCGACGUUAGAGGUUAUCUCAUAAACUGUGGUGCGGGGGCCUCUGACGAGUUAUCUAUGGGCAGCCGGAAGUUCAUCACAGACGAGGGAUUCACAAAAGUUGGCAACAAAAGCAGCGUCAAACACCCAGACCACCUAUUGCCCAUACUAACCACAUUGCGGUAUUUUCCCGACGCAACAGCGCGUAAAUAUUGCUACGUGUUUCCGGUGAUCAAAGGUGGGAAGUACCUGGUGAGGACGCUGUACUAUUACGGAGGCUUCGAUGAAGGGAAAGAGCCGCCGGUGUUCGACCUGAUCGUCGACGGGACGAAAUGGAGCACGGUCAACACGACGGAGGACUAUGCCAAUGGGCUUAGCUCGUAUUACGAACUUGUGGUGGUGGCCAUGGUGAAGAUGCUGAGUGUGUGCCUGGCGAGGAACGAGAGGACUUUUUCCAGCCCGUUUAUCUCCGCGCUUGAGGUGGUGUCCUUGGAUGACUCCAUGUAUAACACCACCGACUUCGGCAAGUAUGCUCUUAGCACGGUUGCAAGGAGUAACUUCGGAAGUGAGGGGGACAUGAUCUGUUAUCCAGAUGACCAAUUCAACCGGCUGUGGCAACCAUUUACGGACCAUAACCCUGCUGUCACAAGCCGCUCCAAAAUAACUUCUUCAGACUUUUGGAACUUCCCACCGGCAAAGUCAUUCCAAACAGCAAUCACAACAAGCCGAGGAAAGGAGCUGCAUAUCCAGUGGCCGCCGGGGAAUCUCCCGAAGACCAGCUACUAUAUCUCACUCUAUUUCCAGGACAAUCGGACGCCGAGCCCAAAUAGCUGGAGGGUCUUCAGUGUUUCUUUGAAUGGCAAGAAUUUCUACACUGAUCUUAAUGCCACAACCAGUGGCGUGACCGUCUAUGCCGCACAAUGGCCUCUUUCUGGGCAGACAGAAAUCGUCUUGACUCCGGGAGAUGGGAUGACUGUUGGGCCGCUGAUCAACGCAGGUGAAAUUUUUCAGAUCCUGCCUCUUGGUGGAAGGACUCUCCCUAGAGAUGCUUCGGCAAUGGAUGAGUUGGCAAGAAACUUGAACAACCCACCUUCGGACUGGAGUGGCGACCCUUGCUUGCCUAAAGAAAAUUCAUGGACUGGAGUAACGUGCAGUUCUGGCGGAGAAUUUGCUCGCGUUGUCUCUAUGAAUUUAAGUAAUGUUGGACUCACUGGGUCACUUUCUUCAACCAUUGCCAAGUUAACUGCACUCACCCAUCUUUGGCUUGGGGGGAACAGACUGUCGGGCAACAUCCCUGAAAUGAGCUCAUUAAAGGCACUACAAACUCUGCAUUUGGAGAACAACAAGUUUGAAGGACAAAUUCCUCAAUCACUAGGCCAACUUGCAAACCUACGUGAGAUAUUCCUUCAAAAUAACAAUCUUGAUGGUAAAAUUCCAUUGGCGCUGCAAAAGAGGAAAGACAUAAACAUUCAGGUGUCCCCUGGAAAUAACGUGAAGAAACCAGCAUAA